AUGGCUUGGGGAUGUGAAGCCCGUGAAGAUGACUCGAUUCGAAGAACACGUCCGAUAACACUGAGUUUUCGUUUCAAACAAAACAAGGCCGUGUGGAAAUCAACCAUAUUGGAAAUUGACGAAUUCUACACAAGACACUUGUAUAAACGACUUAGAUGUCAACAGGGUGAAGCGGAUGUGAUCGAUAUUGCAAUUCAGUUCCUGAGUAGCGUUUACUUCGAUCAUUCGUAA